AAAGAAUCUUGGCAGUAGCUUAAAGACAUCACUGACUUCUGGAUCCUGCAUAAAGCCCAAGGAGAGAAGAAAUGGGCCGCUCUAAUUCUAGAUCACAUUCUUCAAGAUCAAAGUCUAGAUCACAGUCUAGUUCUAGGUCAAGAUCAAGAUCACAUUCUAGAAAGAAGAGAUACAGUUCUAGGUCUCGUUCCAGGACAUAUUCAAGGUCUCGUAGUAGAGAUCGUAUUUAUUCUAGAGAUUAUCGUCGAGAUUACAGGAAUAAUAGAGGAAUGAGACGGCCUUAUGGGUACAGAGGACGGGGUAGAGGGUAUUAUCAAGGAGGAGGAGGUAGAUACCAUCGAGGUGGCUAUAGACCUGUCUGGAAUAGAAGGCAUUCUAGGAGUCCUAGACGAGGUCGGUCACGUUCCAGGAGUCCAAAAAGAAGAUCCGUUUCUUCUCAAAGAUCCCGAAGCAGAUCCCGUCGAUCAUACAGAUCCUCUAGGUCUCCAAGAUCAUCAUCAUCUCGUUCUUCAUCCCCAUAUAGCAAAUCUCCUGUCUCUAAAAGACGAGGGUCUCAGGAAAAACAAACCAAAAAAGCUGAAGGGGAACCCCAAGAAGAGAGUCCUUUAAAAAGCAAAUCACAGGAGGAACCAAAGGAUACAUUUGAACAUGACCCAUCUGAGUCUAUUGAUGAGUUUAAUAAAUCUGCCACAUCUGGUGAUAUCUGGCCUGGCCUUUCAGCCUAUGAUAAUAGUCCAAGAUCACCUCAUAGUCCUUCACCUAUUGCUACACCACCCAGUCAGAGUUCAUCUUGCUCAGAUGCCCCCAUGCUUAGUACAGUCCACUCUGCCAAAAAUACCCCUUCUCAGCAUUCACAUUCCAUUCAGCACAGUCCUGAAAGGUCUGGAUCUGGUUCUGUUGGAAAUGGGUCUAGUCGAUACAGUCCUUCCCAGAAUAGUCCGAUUCAUCAUAUCCCUUCACGAAGAAGCCCUGCAAAGACAGUUGCACCACAGAAUGCUCCAAGAGAGGAAUCUAGGGGGCGGUCCUCUUUUUAUCCUGAUGGAGGAGAUCAGGAAACAGCAAAGACAGGAAAGUUUUUAAAAAGGUUCACAGAUGAAGAGUCUAGAGUGUUCCUGCUUGAUAGGGGUAAUCCCAGGGAUAAAGAGGCCCCCAAGGAGAAAGGAUCAGAGAAAGGCAGGGCAGAGGGAGAUUGGGAAGACCAGGAAGUUCUAGAUUACUUCAGUGAUAAAGAGUCUGGAAAACAAAAGUUUAAUGAUUCACAAGGGGAUGACACAGAGGAGACAGAGGAUUAUAGACAGUUCAGGAAAUCGGUCCUGGCAGAUCAGGGGAAAAGCUUUGCUACUUCAUCUCACCGGAAUACUGAGGAGGAAGGACCCAAAUAUAAGUCCAAAGUUUCACUAAAAGGCAAUAGAGAAAGUGAUGGAUUUAGAGAAGAAAAAAAUUAUAAACUGAAAGAGACUGGAUACAUAGUGGAAAGGCCUAGCACUGCAAAAGAUAAGCACAAGGAAGAAGACAAAGGUUCUGAAAGAAUAACAGUAAAGAAAGAAACACAGUCACCUGAGCAGGUAAAGUCUGAAAAGCUCAAAGACCUCUUUGAUUACAGUCCCCCUCUACACAAGAAUCUAGAUGCACGAGAAAAGUCUAUCUUCAGAGAGGAGAGCCCGCUUAGGAUCAAAAUGAUAGCCAGUGAUUCUCAUCGUCCUGAAGUCAAACUCAAAAUGGCACCUGUUCCUCUUGAUGAUUCUAACAGGCCAGCUUCCUUGACUAAAGACAGGCUACUUGCUAGUACGCUUGUCCAUUCUGUCAAGAAGGAGCAAGAAUUCCGAUCCAUCUUUGACCACAUUAAGUUGCCUCAGGCCAGCAAAAGCACUUCAGAGUCAUUUAUACAACACAUUGUAUCCUUGGUUCAUCAUGUUAAAGAGCAAUACUUCAAAUCACCUGCAGUGACCCUAAACGAGCGGUUCACUUCAUACCAGAAAGCCACUGAAGAACAUAGUACCCGGCAAAAGAGUCCUGAGAUACACAGGAGGAUUGACAUCUCUCCAAGUGCUCUGAGGAAGCAUACCCGUUUAGCAGGGGAAGAGAGAGUUUUUAAAGAAGAAAAUCAGAAGGGGGAUAAAAAAUUAAGGUGUGAUUCAGCUGAUCUUCGGCAUGACAUUGAUCGUCGCCGUAAAGAAAGAAGUAAAGAACGGGGGGAUUCCAAGGGCUCCAGGGAAUCUAGUGGAUCAAGAAAGCAAGAAAAAACUCCAAAAGAUUACAAGGAAUACAAAUCUUAUAAAGAUGACAGCAAACAUAAAGGUAGAGAGCAAGACCAUUCUCGAUCAUCAUCUUCUUCAGCAUCACCUUCCUCACCGAGUUCUCGAGAAGAAAAAGAUAGUAAGAAAGAAAGAGAAGACGAGUUUAAAGCUCAUCAUGAGAUGAAAGACUACUCGGGAUUUGCAGGAGUUAGCAGACCUCGAGGGACCUUUUUUCGAAUUAGAGGCAGAGGAAGAGCCAGAGGAGUUUUUGCUGGGACAAAUACUGGUCCAAACAACUCAAAUACCACUUUUCAAAAGAGACCGAAGGAAGAGGAAUGGGAUCCAGAAUAUACCCCAAAGAGCAAGAAGUACUUCUUGCAUGAUGACAGAGAUGAUGGUGUGGAUUAUUGGGCCAAAAGAGGAAGAGGUCGUGGUACUUUUCAACGUGGCAGAGGGCGUUUUAAUUUCAAAAAAUCAGGUAGCAGUCCAAAAUGGACUCAUGACAAAUACCAAGGGGAUGGGAUUGUUGAAGAUGAAGAAGAGACCAUGGAAAAUAAUGAAGAAAAGAAGGACAGACGCAAAGAAGAAAAGGAAUAGUAUCAAGAUUGCAACAGAGAGCACAACUUGACACUCAGUUUUUUUAAACCUGAUUUUUGUUUUCAAAUAAGAAUGUAAACAUUUUACUUAAAAUUUACUGUUUGCAAGUAGUCUAUAGGAAUUUUGUUUUAAGUCUUCAGAUACCUUGGGGAAAAAUAGUAGACUGUAUGUUGAAAAUUGUAUUGAAAUAAAGUAGAAAAUGUUCCGUACCAUAUUUGUAACUAUCAACUUUUAAAAACCUUUGACUGUUUUUGUUAUAUGCAUUGUAUUUCUGCUUUGUCUAUAAGAAAUGGUCAAGUCCAGCUCUGUGACAGCUCUGAUUCUCUUGACUCCCUGUUUGUUAAUGUUUGGUUCAGAAGUAAACGUUAGCGCUACACAAAUCCACACAAACCUUCCAACAAGAGUUGUUUAUGGUGACCACACUAAUUAUUUAACUGUACACUUAUGUUUAACAUCUUUUUAAAUUUGAACACUACAUUGUAGUGUGACUAAUUUUUGAAAGUACCACAAAAAAAGUUGCUAUUCUGGUAAACUAAAACUAGUCUCACACUUAAGCAAAUAUAUAAGGACAAUAGCUUUGUUAAUAGCUAAAAACUACAAAUUAUUCAGUUAGAAAGCUUUGAGAAAGUGGUAUUUUUGCUGAAAGCAAACAGUGGCAUGUAGUCUUUUUUAAGAUCCUUUCCUUUAUGAAUUCAAAAUUGAAUAUUUUCUUCCAUUCUCAUUUGAUAGUUUGAGUCAUGGUCUUAGAUAUCAGCUAUCUAAAAGAGAGAAACUGGUUUGUACUAUUAGUGUAAGUAAAAAUCCUAAGUCCACAGACCUGGUUGUAUUUUUUAAAGAACAAAAACAGCAAAACUUGGGGGGGGGGGUUACUCAUUUGGAGGGUUCUUCUGAAAUAUAGUUUGAUACAAUUAGUCAUUAAGUACCUGCUUGGAUAGCAUACAUAUUUAUUGGAGACUAUGAACAGCUGUAGAUUAGUCCAUAAUUUAACCAUGGAAUUACAGAUCCAACAUACUAUUUAGUAGUUAAAUAAUUUUCCUUUUAAUAUUACCAAUAAAAGAUUUAGGCAGGAAGCUUAUAGCAUUAAUCUUACUCCCUACCUUUCACCCCGUUAAUUUAAGUUUAUAAAAUGGCCUUUUUCUUUUCUAGUAGUCUACCUUACCUAAAGAGGUAGAUAAUCUUCCUUGCUAUUUAUUAGCCCUUGGAGGAAUAAAGUUCACACUAAAACUGACUUAUUCUAAACAUGUAAAGCUAGCCACAUUGCAUCAGAUUAGUUGUAUAUUUUUGCAUUUAAAGGGGAUAAUGCUUAUUCUAUUAAUGUAAACGUUUAAAGCUUGCAAGUGUAUGGCUCUUUCUGUUUUGAUGAUUUACAAUGUGUCUUAGACGUUGAAUAGCUAGUGACAUUUGCUAAGAGCUGUUGGCAACAAAAUUAAACUAAAACCAAAAAGUCAACAUGUGAUAUGUUUUAUCUUUUUUUAAAAAAACGGUUUUGACAUUGGCCUGUCAUCUUUAUUUUGAAAUUCUUAAUUGUAAAAUAUGUCUAAAGUUCAUUUUGUUUUUUUUGUUGCGGCUAAGCAAUGGCAGCAUUUUUAAAAAUAAAACCUUAGAAAAUAUUCAGAACUUGAAAAAAAAUGACAGUACAAAUUACAGUGUGGUCUAGAUACAUUUCUUCUGCAGAGGGACUCAGACAUUGCAUCUGGCACAGCUUUGGAGAAAUCACCAACACAAACAAAACAUUCUUUGCUAUCAGGGCUGUCAGGCCAAGGCUUCUUACUCUUGGGUUCUGCAUGGUGCUGAUGUCUGGGUCCCAUUUGAUAUCCUGCUCUCAUCUCCAUAGCAAUGGAGCACCAGUUGGUGAUUCUUGUUUUUAAGUCUCAGUAUCAGUAGCUGAACAGAUUGUCCACCACCUCUGGUCUUACGAACAUCACCCUUCAUUACUUAGUCUGAAUCUCCCCAUAGGAGGCUAAUUCCUGGUGGGUCAGCAUAUACUUCUCACACUUGACUAGCGCCUUUUCAUUUGUAACAGGCACUGUGAUGGCGGUGAGGUACAUGUUGCUGCACAACUGUCUCAGUUUGCACAUUAGCAGUAGGCUUAUGAUCUACCCAUCUGCUCCUUGCAGAGUGGGACCUUCUGUGUCAUACAGGAGUUGAUGUGUUAGGCACAGGCGAAGGAGAGACAGAUCUCUGAAUGAUUUUUUUUUACCUGGUCUCAAUCCCAGGAGGGUCUCUGGCUUCUCAGAUUUAGGUUCAGUCAUAAUGGCCUUCAGCUGUUUGAGUUUUUCAUCUUUGCAGAAUUUAUUCCAUAUCUCCAGCUGGGUGGCUGUCACCUGGUGUUCUGCUAUUUCUUCAUUGUUUCAGUCACCAUGCCUUGCAACCUGGGUUCUCACCUGUGCUUGUCAGCAAGCUGCCGCUGAUGCUUCCGAUUUUGGCUCUCAAGCUCUUGCUGCUAAUUGUGCUUAUCUUCUUCAUAGAUCGUGGUUGUUUUCUUCAAAAUCUCACUCUUGUACUCCAAAGUUUUGUUCUUCUCCAGUCCUUCUGUUUCUGAUUUCUGUCCUGAGAUCAGUUUUUCUUUUUCAUUUAGUUUUUUCUGGUAUGUUUGUCUUAAGAUUCUCACCCAGUGUUGCCUGAUUUCUCUCAUUGUCUAUCUGAAAUUAUUUAGUGAAUCAGAAAAUAUCUGCAAAGCAACUUUAUUGCAUCAAUCUGGACAUAAUUAGUACCAUCCUGUUCAGAUUAGUACUUAAAUAUAAAAGCAACAUGUAUUUAAUUCCCCAACAAUUUUCAUAUCAUUCUGUUUUACAUGAAUACAUUUAACUUUUAACAGUUCUUUGGUUAUGCACUGAAUCUUGACAUGUUUAUUUUUUCUACAACAGAGUAAAGUAGAUUCACUGGAAAAUAAUUAAAUAGGGAGUAACAGGUUAUAUUAAAGUACGAACGCAAUGCUGUAACCUUUUAUUACUUUCAUUUUAAAGUUGAGAGAAGAUCCUACUAUAGUAAAGUGUGAUGAUAAGCGCUCUGCAGUAGAACACCACUGUGAAUCUUCUCUUUCUCAGAGCCAAACAUAAUGCAGCCUGUGUGUAGUUUUUGAGAUAACUAUUUAAUUUCAUAUUUCAUGACAUAAAAGCUGAAUGGUUCCUUGUGUAAAGCUGCUUGAUUAUAAGUGCCAUGAAAAUAACUGUUAAAAGUUGUAUUAACAUACUUCCUUUGCCCAGAGAAAAGAAAUAAAAAUGAACCAAAGGAUUUUUCCAGGGGGAAAAAAAAUAGCACAGAAGGCCAUGACUCAGUUCUUAGGUGUGUAUGCUUUUGAACAUCUUAAGAAUUCUAGUAAAAAUCAAGUCUUUUCCAGUUGCACUCUAUUUCAAGGAAUUGUUAUUGUUCCUUUUGUCACCAUUAAAAUCAGUGUUGGGAAUUAAAUUAUAAUUUGAGGGACAACUCUUACCCCAUGAGAAUGAAUGUAGACGGCUAAACGAUUCUUACUCAGUGUGGUGUAUAUUUCAACAGGGAUCCUUGUAAGUUGUCAUAUGCCAAUAAAAUGUCCUAAGUGGUAA